GUCGUCGCGUCGAUGAAAAUGCAGGAAAGUGCCUAAAGCUCCGUGUUUGCAGAUAUCCCCAUCGCAUGGAGCACGACUCAGUGGAAGUAUGGCCGCGACAUGGGCGAUCUAGCGGAAGCCGUUGAAGACUUGAUCUGCACGUUCGACCCGACUGGAGACACCACUAUGGAUACYCUCGCCAUGUUUGUCUUCGGCUGGAUCCUGGCCGCCCUCUUCGUGUUGUGGUUGGGGAAGAUCGUCUACGCGAGGUUCACAGCGAGAGCAUCGAACGAAACGAAAACGAAAAUCGAGCCGGUGGCGGUGGACACCGUCGACGCCAAAGCGGCGAAGAAGACGGCCGUCGCCCCCGUGAAAAGCGCGCCGAGCGGGAAAGGGGGCUACGUGCCGCCCACACCGCCGGUGAGGAAGAGGCUCACGAGGCAGAGUCCCACGCCGGAAGUCAGAAAAGUCAAGUAUGUGCCGGCACCUCAAUGCACGGGACCGGACAAUGUUUGUGUGUUGUGGGUUAAUGACGUGCUACAGUGGUUGUACAACGACUUGGUCAUCGUUAAUGAACUCUUGGCGGUGUGGCUACAAGCGAUGAAUGAGUUCACCAAGAAGUCGGCGGCGGAGCAAGGAGUUGGUGUGGAAUUCGUCCGUAUCCUCCCCGAGACGAAUCCUCCCCUCCUGUCAAAUAUAUUUGCCGAGAACGAUUCAAAAGAUGACGUGACAAUCACAUGUGACUGUGAAGCCACACCCGCAUUACAAUUAAAAAGCUUCCGCCAAAAAGGUGACAAAGUCGAAACAUCACAUUACAGAGUUAAUAUUAAUCGCUUUAGGGCAAGGUUAAACAUCUUUUGCAUAUCUGAAAAAUUGCAAGCCGAUGUUAAGUGCGACGGUUGGCCCGAAAUUAAAGUGGCACUUGCGCCCGUCGGCAACAUCAAAAACAACUUGGAUGAAACUCAACUCCAGGAAGUUAUCAAUGAGAUGAUUAUCAACGCUUUGAGAAACACAGAAGUGCACCUCAACCUCGCCCAGUACCCCACUUGCCCCAGACUCAUCAGGCAUGUCAACACAGCCCCCGGACACAUCCUACCCGUCCACUAUGACAGUAUGUCGAAUGCGUACACCUCGACGCCGAACCACCAGCCCUUCCAAGUCCCGGGUGAGAAACGCCUCCUUGUCAAGGUCGUCCGCGCCGCCCAAUUGGGGGCUUCCAGUGGUUGCACGGAGCCCUACUGCGUAGUAGAAAUCGACGAGCCCCCUCAGAAGAACCAAACUUCGGUCAAAAAAACCACAGACUCGCCGUAUUGGGACGAACAAUUCCUAUUCGAUUUGUCCCAAAAUACAGCUGAAGUUUUGUUUGAAAUUUACGACCAUGCGGUCAAACCGAACAAGUUCCUCGGUCUGGCCAUCGUUGGAGUGGACGAACUCAUCGCGAAUCCGUCCCAAAGACAGAUCAUUUCGCUCCAGGGGGCCCCGUAUGAGAGUGACCCGGUUUCGGGGACGCUCACCGUCGAGUUUUUGUUCAUCGAGGGGGCUGACAUACCCAAUAUCGGGGGUGGGCAACCAUACAAAAUCAAGGAGACGAUCAAACAACCCCUGACGCCCACUAAUAGUGCAAGAAUGGCAAAUACGACGUUCCAGAAUGAACAUCUGACCAAUGGGAAUCAUUAUAAUGACAGAGAGUUAGAUAGUAGGCAGAAUUUAAGUCAGAAUAAAAACACUUUGGUGAUACACAGUGUACAAAGGCAACCGUCUCAAAGGCUCGUGAAGGUUGCAUUGACUGACGGCACUUGGAAAGAGAUUGAACGAGUCGAAAAGACCGARGAAAACCAYGAAGAGAGUGAAAAUCUAAACGGCAGCGUUAGCAACGAACUAAACGGCACUAACGAAAGUAAAGAUAAAGAUGCUUCAGAGGCUGAAACAUCCAAGGCCGGUGAUUUCUCCGCCACUGGAACCCUCCAAUCGCAAACGUCCUCAGACAUAGAAAACCGAGGGCGUCCGAGGAAACGUCGCGACUUUUUCGGAACAAUCAAGCGCCGAUUGGGGAAAUCCCGAUCGAAGUCGGUCGGACCCGAGAACGAUAAUGGCCGAGAUGACUCGAUGAAUCGAUCGGUUUCUGCCGACAGGAGCCGAAACGACGAAAGCUAUCGGCUGAACGUCCCUGGUCAGAAAUCCAUGGAUGAGACCUCGCGUCGGUCGAGUCUUUCCGAGGCCUCGGGGCUUAGUAGCGCCUCCACUAGGACUUAUAUAAACGAGGCGAGUACUUUAGUACUCGAGACUCUCGAAAACGGGGUCAAAAAACACUAUUUGGUCCCGUUAUCGCUCGCACAAAAGUCCAAAUGGAGGAAAAAAGGAGUCAAACUGCACAUUUUCAACGACCAUACGUUUAUUGCCAGACACUUAACUGGUGGCACUGUAUGUCAGGUGUGUGGGAAGAGCAUAGCCCGAAGGAUCGGGAAACAAGGCUACGAAUGUCGCGAUUGUUUGUUGAAAUGUCACAAGCACUGCCAUGUCAAGGUCAACGACAACUGUCCCACAUCCACCAUUCACAAUAUUGAAUUGUCUUACAUCACGAAUCCAUACACCGAUAAGAACAUCCGAAUGCUUUAAUCUCUGGUUACCGUUAAUUUCAUUUUAAACGGGUAGUUUAGUCUCUAAUCUUAAGCAAAACUAUAGCACAACUUAAGCUGUACAUUAAAUCACAUACACAUUGUUUUAUAUUUUUGUUUUAACUAUUUGGUUAUAUAUUUUUUUAAAUUUUAAGAAAGCUACGUUUUAUUUUUAAUUUAUUUUGUUAAUGUUUGUUUACUUGUAAAGAUCUGUUGGACAUUUUAUUGCAAAUGUUAUACUAAUUCUUGUAUGCUGAUACGAAAUUAUAAAUGUUUCUGUAAGUGCCUGUAAAACUCUUUGUAUUUCUAUUUAAUACAUAUAAUAUGCUGUUUAAAGAAGAAGAGUGUUUCGUUAAGCCUGAGGUGUAAGUAUUCAAUAUUUAUAUUUUCUUUUGUUAAAUGCAUAAAUGGAAAAUAAAUACGUUUUAACUACA